UAUCCGUCACUUAUGACUUGGCGAUAGCAAAGCUCGCAAUGCAAAUACAGAGCGAAGAGCGUCCAAAAUAUGACAAUGUAUUCAUUCAAUUGGGAGCUUUUCAUAUUCAAAUGUCCUACUUCAAGGCAGUUGGAAAAUAUAUGGAAGAAUCUGGUGGUCCAUAUAUUCUUACAGAAUCUGGUACUUUGGCUCAGGGUUCACUCAAAGGCUUUAUCACGGGGACACACUACAAUCGUUGUAAACGAAUUCACCCCAUAUUUGCAGCAUCAUUGCAUAUCCUGCAUUUUCGAGCAUAUCUCUCAAUGAAUGAUAUAUGUAUUGAUAAGUUGACUAAAGAACUGAAAAUGAUUCAAACACAAAAGUUGUGUGAAGUCAACUUUUCGACCAGUCUUAUUGAGAUUUUGGAUGGAUAUGACGAAUAUUACCAUAAAACAGAAGAAGGCUUACAUGGGGCGACAGCUAAAUAUUGGAUAAUAUACGUGAAUUUAAUAAAACUUUACCAAGAAUUUUCGAGGAGCAUAAGAACAGGAGAUUUUGAAUUAUAUGUCACAUGUUUACCUCAAAUUGCUACACUUAUGUUCUCUUUUAACCAUCAAAACUAUGCAAGAUGGGUUGUCAGAUUCUACAACAAUUUGAUAAAUGUCGAGGACACCCAUCCUGGUUUGAAGGAAAUAUUGAUAAAUGGGGGCAUUUCAAUAAGGCGCAGCACAAAAUCAUUUUCCGGUUCUCCAAUUGAUCUUACGUUGGAACAAACCAUCAACAAAGACGCUGCAAGUAGACUGACAGGAAUUAGCUCGUUUACAAAUUCGAUAUCCGCAAGGCGCCGAUGGGCUACAAGUCAUUCACUACGCACAUCUUUAGUCACACAUUUACAGAUACCCUGAAUUUAAACUCUACAGAGGACGUUAUGAAUGAUCUUCGAGAAAAUAGAAUUAAAAAAGAUAACACUUUGGUGAAAGAGCUUGUGAGUCGAAUUACCGACACUUUGAAUCCCUUUUCAUCUGAAAUAUUAAACAUGAAUGAACUCGCUAAUCUAUCUACUGGAAAAAUCGCCAGCGAUAAAACCAAGAAUUUUCUUUUGAAUGUAAUUUCCAGAGGAGAAAAGCUAAGAGACCAAUUUAUUACUGAAUGCAAUGAGGGUGCGAACAGGUUUGAAAAACCCAUAUCGAAACAAGUAAUUCAUACAUUUGCAUCGGAAAAUAAAAUAAAAAUUAAGAGAAGUGAUGGAAAAACAGCUGAAGUGAAAGUUGAAAGAAACCUAUUGGGACGACUUUUAGUAUUAUCGUUGGAACAUAAAAUUGAUUUAUUAAAUGUGCUAUCGUAUCCAUUGACCAUCGUUCCGUUGUCACUGAGUCAUCUCGACGGUAGUAUCAAUAAGACAGAUAAAUCAAAAUUAUACAAGUUAUUAGAGAAUCGCAUAUCUACUUCUUCCAGUCCAACUAAAAUAGAUUGUACGAUUUUUGAUGGAUUCUUUUUUUUUGCAUCUCUUACGUGACCCUCCUCUUACUUAUGGUCAAUUGGCAAUUCAUAUUAUUAAAAAGUUAUGCAAGACUUCAAGCAAAAGAAUAGACCUUAUUUUUGAUAAGUGUGUGCUGCCAUCGAUAAAAGAUAUCGAAAGAGACAGGAGAGCAGGAUUAUUGGGAAGAAAUGACGUGUUCAGUAUUAUUGGAGAAGAGCAAAGGCAGCCUAACGAUUUUUUGCAAGCAUUGAGGAGUGACUCGUUUAAAGCCGAAUUUGUGAAAUUUUUAGUGAAACACUGGAAAACAAGUAUUCCUCCGGGUAUUUUGGGAAACAAAAUUCUUCGCGUAAAUUGUGAAGAUACAUGUUACAUGUUUGAUGAGAUUGACGGACUUGUGAAAUGUGAGAUUGAUCAGAUUCUAUAUUCUAGUCAUCAUGAAGCUGAUACAAGAAUUCUAUUCCACAUAUCAAAUUUACCGGACAGUACAAAUGUGGUUAUACGUGCCUCAGAUACUGAUAUAUUAGUAAUAGCAGUAGGAAAUGUGCACAAACUGAGGAAUAAAGUGGAUAUUUGGAUAGAAACUGGACUUCACUCAAAAAAUACUCUCAGAUACAUUUCUAUUAACGAUAUAUAUACAAAUUUAGGAGACGUACUUUCUAAAGCAUUACCUGCCUAUCAUGCUUUCACGGGCAGUGAUUAUACAGCAUCAUUCGCUCGCAAGGGUAAGAUUAAGCCUUUUAGGAUUAUUGAAGAGUAUCCCAAUAUUGCCAACAUUUUUGCUUCUUUUGAGCAUUCACAGGAAAUAUCAGAAGAGCAAAUUCAAGGCAUUGAAAAAUUUGUAUGCUGUAUGUAUGGCAGGCAUAACGCCAAUAGUGUAGAUAAAGUGAGGCUAGAUUUGUUUCUUAGAAACCAUGGUGGCUUUGUUUCUCAAGCAAAAAAUCCAUUGGACAAAGUGAAGAAUUUUGAUGGAAGCUUGAUGCCACCUUGUAAAAAGGUGCUUAUAAAUAAAAUAAAAAGGAUGAAUCAAGUUUGCGCUAUCUGGAAUUACGCCACAGAAGCUCAUCCGAAUUUUUUUGAUCCUGAAAGACAUGCAUGGCGUCUAGUUGAUGGAAGAUACGAAGUGGAAUGGUUUAUUGGACCACAAACCCCUUCUACACUUCGAGAAAUUUGUGAAUUCCCAACUCCAGAUAUAGAUGAGGAAGAUGAAGUGUUCCACAGCGCAAGUAGUGAUGAAGAGUAAUUAAUAAAGUUAGCAUUUUCAUACUUUUUAUCAUUUCUUUUGUUAGCUAUUCAGAUUUUAUAUGUGUUUCCUUUCUGUUGAAAUUCUUUUAAAUUUGGUUAGUGUUUUUCCAUUGGAUGUUCAAUAUAGAAUAAAUUUUCAA